AUGUCAUCAGUAAAGAACAUCGACUUCAACAAUUGCCAGAUCGGCCGGCCUCCCGUUGUUGGCAUUUACGGUGUUUCAGGGUCGGGGAAAACAUUUGUGCUGAAUGCGCUGAAGCAUGCCUAUGGCGCCGAUUACAUCCUAGUGGAAGGAUCAGAGGUGAUAUCGAGACUGGUCGAUGGUGGUUUAGAGGGGUUUCAACGCCUCGACGACGACCGCAAGAAGUCCGUACGAGAACUCGCAAUACGGACCGUUCUGGCUGACUGCCUCAACGAUGGCAAGAUCGCCGUGGUGUCUGGACAUUUCAUGCUUUGGUCGGAUGAACAAAAAUCCAUGACCUCCGUGUGGACGCAGCAAGAUCUCGAGACCUUCACUCACAUCGUCUACCUCAACCCUCCGCCAGAGACAAUACGGGAUCGUUGUCUCCACGAUACCGCCAAGCGUCGACCUGAGCUCACGGUCGACGAACUGCGACAAUGGCAAAGGGAGGAAGAGAUGCAGUUAAGAUUGAGCUGUUACCGAAGCGGCAUCAUCUAUUUCACCGUGAGGGAAGAUUCACCUGUGUCGGGGGUCAAGGCUCUGCUCGAACUUUUCUUCCACAGAGGCCAGGACAGUCAUAGGCGGGAAGCUGAAUCGCAGCUGGACAGUUUCAUCGGUCUGUCAACAAAGGACCUGGCCUCGGCGUUAGUCCUGGACGCCGACAAGACUUUGGCUGCCGCAGAUUCGGGCCACUUGUUCUGGGAAGACGUGUACCGCAGACAUCUAUUUCAAACACAACAGGACUACUUGAAAGAGAUCUUUGGCGGGCCACUUGGCUACACGAGUGCCGCAUUUCUUCAAGCAGCCUUACUGUACGAAGAAUUGGUGGCUCAGAACGUGUUCGACGAAAUCUGUACCAAUGUUGCAAGACAGAUAUCGCUGUACCCUGAUGUGGCAGCGUUGCUGGCGCGAUUACGGAAGGAUGAAAAGAUAGCAACAUUGGUCGUCACAUGCGGCCUGCGUCGAGUGUGGGAAAAGGUCCUAGAGCAAUACGGUCUCAUUGAUGCCGUCAAGGUCAUUGGAUCGGGUCCCAUAAGUGACGCCCAUGUCAUCACUGGUCGAGUGAAGGCGAACCUGGUUGCUCAUCUUCAACGACGCUACCAUCUCCACGUCGUUGCGAUCGGAGACGGCGUCCUGGAUCUCGACAUGUUCGCCCAGGCGGACCGUGCUGUGGUUGUCGUCGGGGAUCAGAAGACGCGGAGUCAACGCAUGGAGAAGGAGCUCGCUGCAGCAAUCGCCGGGGGUCGCUUUGCAGCCAGCCAAGCGGUCCUGUCUCCAGGAAGUCCUCCGCGUCUGGACACCGGCGUUCUCUCGCUUGUGGACCUGAAUGGCCGCGAUUUCGACGAUUAUAUCCUCCGUGGAUCACCCUUUCCCCUGAUAAACACAAUUGACUUCACUAACAGCCGUGUCGCGAAUAUAUUGGCAACUCCAAUGCGUGACGCUGCGAACAGCGGGCCAUCAUUGCGAAAUGCGCACUGGCAAACCGGUCGAUACUUGGCGCUGUUCACCUUGCCGGAUUUGCUGGGAAUUGAAGAGUACAUGAUUCGGCACGUCCAAGGCCAUCACGUAUAUGGCAAUCGUAUCGCACAACAGGACAAAGCGCUGAUCGUGGCCUUGAUGCGGGGUGGUGAGCCGAUGGCGCUGGGAGUCAGUGAAAUUCUACCCAGCGCCUCAUUCCUGCACGCGAGAACGCCUAAUGACAUCACGGCAGAACUUCUGCACGUAAAGUCAACCGUUAUUCUCGUGGACUCCGUGGUGAACAGUGGUCAGACUAUUGCUGACUUUAUCUGCCAUCUGACGGUUUCGAAGCCGGCCGUGCGAAUCAUUGUGAUUGCAGGAGUUGUGCAAGAUGAAGCGCCAGCCAGGAUUGAAACAUGGUGUUUGACCAGACCGCGUCAACGCAUUGACUUGAUUACACUUCGACUGUCACAAAACAAGUUUACCGGCAGAGGUGGAACAGACACUGGAAAUCGUCUCUAUGGUACGGAAAUUCUCAAAUAG